AUGGAGGAGCCAGACGUAGAAAGCCGCAAGUCCGCUUUCCUUCACCAGUGGUCACGUAUACGGGAAACCUUAUCAGAGGGCCAACGACAGAAGCUGGAAGAAUUCGGGCUUGCCACUGAUGAAGAUAUUCGAAGUCAGUCUUCUGCCCUUUCAUUACCUCUUCAUGAAUCUCAAGAGCUACGUGAUACGGUUGAAUCUGUUUUCAAAAAAGGAGCGUAUCUUCAAAUAGUUGCCCUUCUUACUGUGGAAGCCAGUCAGAAAGUUCUACUUCGACUCCCCUUUGCCACCUUCGUACGGUCCGCAAUACACAAUACUCCGUGCGUGUCGAUUUAUGACCUCUACAAGGAGCCUUGCGAGCAGUUUCAUUCCAAGGGGGAAACGAAUCAGCAGUUACAUGCGAAAUUCCUUGAAGUAUUACAGCCUUACAGGCCCGAUCCGUUUCUCUCGACUGCGCUCGAGAGCCCCCCCAUACAUCGCUAA